GCGAGCGGGACUCGGCGGCCGCAAGGUGCCGGCAGCCCCGCGGCGAGGCGCGACCCCGCCAUGCCGUGCGUGGGCGACUGGCUGAACAGCCCCCUGAGCAUCGUGCAGGGCAUCUUCGCCCAAAAUGCUCCAAACUCUGACUGGGAGAAGAAGGUAACCGAAUACUUCAAGGAGAAAUUAAAAGAAAAUAAUGCUACUAACUGGGUCCCAUCACUGAAUGAUGUUCCUGUGCAUUACCUGAAACCCAACAGCUUAGUGAAAUUUCGCUGCAUGGUUCAAGAUAUGUUUGAUCCUGAGUUUUACAUGGGAGUCUAUGAAACAGUUGACCCAAACACAAAUGCACGUGUUUUGCAUUUUGGUAAAUACAGAGAUGUGGCAGAAUGUGGGCCUCAGCAGGAAAUUGAUUUGAACUCCUCACAAACAGUCACCUCGGAGAGACAGACUUUCUACUGUGUUCCAGUGCCUGGUGAAUCAGCAUGGGUGAAGGAAGCCUACAUCAGUGCCAGCCAGGCCCGGGUGAGCCCCUCCACCUCCUACACCCCCAGCCGCCACAAGAGGAGCUACGAGGAGGAUGAGGACAUGGACCUGCAUCCCUCCAAACAGAAGGAGCAGCACCUGGGCAGUGGAGGUGAUAUCCAUGGAUGUGUGGAGCCAAAGAGAUUAGAAACAGAAGCUUCUGCAGGUCAUCAUGUCAUUUCUCCCAACUGCUCCCCUCCACUUGACCUAAAUUUUCCCUUGCCAGGAGAGAAGGGACCAGCAUGUCUUGUAAAGAUCUAUGAGAGCUGGGAGAGCUUCAAAGUCAAUGAUGUGCUGGAGGUGUUUGGUGUUCUGUCUGUGGACCCAGUGCUGAGCAUAGUGAACAGUGAAGAGAGGGACAGCUCCAGCCUGGAUCCCAUGGAGUGCAUGGACACCAUGGAGGAGCAGAGGGUGCACAGCCCCCCAGCCUCCCUGGUGCCCAGGAUCCACGUCAUUUUGGCCCAGAAGCUGCAGCACAUUAACCCCUUGCUGCCUGCCUGCCUUCACGAAGAGGAGAGCAAAACCUUUGUUUCUAAUUUCAUGUCUGAGCUGUCACCAGUGAGAGCAGAGUUGCUGGGGUUCCUCACCCAUGCCCUCUUGGGAGACAGUUUGGCUGCUGAAUACCUGAUACUGCAUCUCAUUUCUACAGUCUAUGGCAGACGGGAUGUGCUUCCUCUGGGAAAAUUCACCGUCAACCUGAGCGGCUGUCCCCGGAGCAGCGCCUUCAGCGAGCACCUGUACCGCCUCAUCCAGCAGCUGGUGCCAGCAUCCUACCACCUGCGCAUGAGCAUCGAGAGCAUGAACCACUCGCGCUUCAUCCCCCACAAGGACUACGCGGCCAACCGCCUGGUCAGCGGGCUGCUGCAGCUGGCCAGCAACACCUCCCUGGUCAUAGAUGAGACCCAGCUGGAGCAGGGACAGCUGGACACUGCAGGUGUCCAUAAUGUGACAGCCCUGGGUAACCUGAUCACUUGGCAGAAGGUGGAUUAUGACUUCAAUUACCACCGGAUGGAAUUCCCAUGCAACAUUAAUGUGCUGAUCACUUCCGAGGGCCGCUCGCUGCUGCCGUCAGAUUGCCAAGUCCACUUACAGCCACAGAUAAUUCCCCCGAACAUGGAAGAGUACAUGAGCAGCCUCCUCACUGCAGUGCUGCCCUCCGUGCUGAACAAAUUCCGAAUUUACCUGAGUUUGUUGAGGCUGCUGGACUACAGUAUAUCUGAUGAGGUGACCAAGGCAGUGGAAGAAGACUUUGUGGAAAUGCGCAAGAACAACCCCGAGAGCGUCACAGCCGAUGACCUGCACAAAAUGCUGCUGGUGGCCAGGUUCCUGUCGCUCAGCGCGGGGCAGACGACGCUGUCCAGGGAGCGGUGGCUGCGAGCGAAGCAGCUGGAGGCACUGCGCAAGGCCAGGCUGCAGCAGCAGCAAUGUGUCAAUGGCAAUGAACUUUAACACCUGCUGGAUGUCACCCUGAACAUGUCUCUAAUCCAAGGUGCAACCCAUACUAAGAUUGGAAUAUUGUUUAUACCAGUUUUUGUAGAUAAUUUAUACCAAAAAGUUAUGGAUAUUUACCCUUGCGGUCUGAACGCGCUUAACUCUGUUCAGCCACCUAAACAUAUUUUAUGGAAUUUUUUUGGACCCUGUUUUGUAAUUGAAAAUUGGUAACAUUGAGCAAAUUGUUUGAUAUUAAACUUUAAUACUGA